AUGAUUUCACCCAAACAUAACUACAUAGAAGAAGACUUGGGAGCUUUAGAUUUUAAUGGGAUACUUUUACGUCCUUGUGAUGGUUGUGCAUUAAGGAAAGUACGUUGUAAUCGCCAGAAACCUUGUUCGCAAUGUAUUAAGCACAAUGUCUCCUGUACUAGCAAGAGAAUCAAGAAGAAAUGUGGGCCGAAACAAAUUCAUAAGAAGACAAAGGAGACGAUUCAGCGGUUAAAUUUGGAGAAUGGUGUAGAACCGGGGCUUCAGGCUACAGCGACCAAAACAUCAGAUACUAAAAUAUUCACGGUAGAUAAAUUAUUACCAUAUCUUCAGAUUUAUCAGACUUGGUAUUACGGCGCAUGGCCGGUAUUAUCAGUUGCACACAUGGUGGCUAAAAUGGUUCAAGACGAGGGCAAAGAUCAAUCAGAAAUGAAUACAGAAAUUGAUGCGGCAUAUGUAUUGGCUUGUUCUGUGUGUGCUGAUAUUGCUACUCAACUAACGUUUUUAUCGGAUACUCUUCAUGUUAGAGACCUACCUACAGGAGUAGAAGCUAAAGACUUUGCGGAUGAAGCAUUGAGAAUCCGCUCUCGUAUUAAUUACAGGCUCAACCCCAACAUAGACACGCUUCUAUCGUCCUUUUUUCUUUACGAUUACUACGUGAAUGUUAAGGAUUAUAAAUCUGUUGCUAUUACGUACUUGAGGGAGACUUUGACGUUUGCACAAAUUCUCGGACUCCAUAACCCUAAAACAUACUUCAACCAGACUCCAGCUACUGUUCAUAGGAUGAAAAAGAUCUACUACAUGUUAAUGAUAACAGAGAGGUUUUUAUGUAUUGAGGAAAAUAUCCCUGUUCUACUCACUCCAUCUAUUCCGUUUCCCGCGUUGGAAGAUGAAGAGUAUCCAGAAAUCCUAAGUGGUUUUACAGAACUUGUUAGAAUAUUUUCCAUACCUGAUAAAUCCUUUUUUGACAAAUUAGCAGAAGAAAGCUCAAACUCGUCAAAUCUCAAGCUAUUUCAAAAAUCUUUAUUUCAAUUAAGCAACCCACCAACUCAAAAUUGGAUAGUAAAUGUACAGAAUAAUUUACAAAAUGUAUCUAUUUCUCCGUUGAUUCCAGAUACCCAAAAAUUGAAUAUUAUACUAUCGCAGCAUUGGAUGAGAGCUUUAGGCUGGCACAUAGCUAAUCAAAAUGAACUUUUAAUUAGGGACUCAGAUGAGAAUCACUGUCUAAACCCUCAAUUCCCAUUACGUAUUGCUAAAGAUUUUUUAAAGUCAACUGAGAAUUUGUCCCUGUUUGCAUUUGAGUCAAAUGGAUCUGGCGUCUGUGUUAAAUUACUCGAAAUUGCCAAUGCAUUAGCAGACUCUGUUUCGGAUUCAACAGUCUAUAAAUAUGACGCUUAUAAUUCCUAUGAUGCAUUAGGGGCAAUAUUUCAAUUGGUGGGAAAAUUCAAGAGGGAUAUUUUAUUGCCAGUCGAUUUAUACAAUAAGAUCGAUACAAUUAUAAGUGAUAAAACUAUAGCAAAAUUCCCGGCAGCUUACAUAACUGAGGUUGAUGAUGAAGCUUCUUCUAGAAUAGCAUCGUCCAAUAGUAGUAAUGAGAAUAAUAGCAGUGAUAAUGUUAGUGAAAUUGUUAAUGAUCUACCUCAGACGAACAACGCAACCAAUAAGCUAUUUUCUCCUUACACACAAAUGACUAUGGGAAUUGGGUUAUCUCCAGGUACCAUACUUCCGACGUUAAGUUCCUCGAAUCUUGCAGCUUUACAAUUACAAUAUCAUCAACAACCAAAUAAUAUACCUUUCUAUGAUCAACAUCAAGAACAUAAGCAACAGGAGACUCACCAUUAUGAAUUGCCUUUAUUAGAUUUAGAUAGAAACGUUAUGUCCGGAUCAAACGUUUAUGUGAAAGACCCAAAAAUAAGAUUUGACUCAGGAAUUGAUUUUGAUGAUCUAUAUAAUCUAUAA